AUGGGCGCAAUUACCAGAAAAGACUCAAUAACCGAUAUUGGUACGGAGACUCACCUGUCUUCAUGCAUGGACGCAAUGACCAGAAAAGAUUCGGAAAUCGAUGAUAAUAUUCCGGACAUUUCGCAGCUGAACAUUGAGGACGAAGCGGAUGCGAACACAGGAGAAGAGUUACAAGAGAAGAUAGCAGAGCACAAAACUACACCUGAGCCGAUUUGGAAGAGCAAAUUAUGGCUGGCAUGCCAGACAGGAGACUAUAAAGAAGUGAAAGAAUAUCUGCAAGAUGCGGAGCAAUCCAGCCUUCUCACGCACGGAAGAGACGAGAGCGGCAAUACCGCCCUCAUAAUUGCUUCAAGCGCAUCCCCUCCCGGCGGAGCAUCUACAGCGAUAAUGGAACUUCUACUCGAGGCGGGCGCAGAUGCCAACGCUAAGAACCGUGCAGGCAGAACUGCACUCAUGCAGGCGUCGCUCUGGGGACGGCAGGGAGCUGUGGAAGUCCUCCUGAAACAUGACAUCCCAACAAACAUUGAACUUGGAGAUAAUUUAGGCCUCAAAGCGAUUGACAUGGCUUCUGAAAAUGACAAGCGGAGCGUGGAAAGAUUUUCUGCGUACAACCAGAGCCAUGUAGAAAGACCAUGGUUGGAUAAGAUAAAUCGCAGGCGUAUCGUGGAGCGGUUGUUGGAAGUACGUCGAAGGAAUAUUAUUCAGGUACAAGAAAGACUUAGCGAGGCUGAGGAUAAGAUAAAGAAGUUGGAAGAAGAGCUAAAUGCUAGCCGGGUCGCGAAUGGAAAGAUUCAAGAAGAACUCAGUACCAAAGUACAUGAACUAAAACAGGCAAGAGUCCAAAUCGAUAACUUGACCGGACGAAAUGCAGAAAAACCCAUUCGAUUUCGCGAGCUCGAGCUAGGCAAUGAAACUCAAAUCGACUUUACAAAAACAUUCCGCAUUCAAUUGAGCUUUUGGAAUGGCAAACGUCUCAAACCGACAAUAUCAUACAUGGAAUUGGAUGGCAAGCAUUACUUUGCAAAGAACGGGACACAUUCUGGUUUGAACAACUUCAUCUCAAGCAACGUCUUUGCGCCACGAGCCUACAAUCUAUUCAAGCUAUUAGGAUUUGAAAGGGCACAACUUAGGGAGGACCAAAGCUGGUUCAAACAUGCUGAGCCACAACUGAUUGCGUUCUACAUGGACCAUUUUCUGACAAGUCAAGAUCUAUCCCAAUCAGACUUCAAACAACUCAAGGGCAAGAAGCCAGAUAAAGAUAGCAAGACGCCGAUGGAGCUCUUCGCGAUUAGUUAA